AUGGCAGAGUUUAUAACUAGAAGAGCAACGGCAGCGGACUGUGAAGAAAUUUGUCAAUUAUUUCAGAAGCAAGUCAGUUCUGGUAAUAAGCAGACAUCACCUUCACCUGAAACCCUGAAGAAAGAUGGUUUGGGGAAAUUAUUCCAUAUACUCAUUGCUGAAGAUCAAAAAGGUGCAUCAAAACAAUUGAUUGCUUACCUUUUCUUCCAUUUUGCCUUUUCUUCAUGGGAAGGCAAAUCCAUUUUCUUGAUUGACGUCUACAUCUCACCUGAAUACAGCAAGAAAAGUGUUGCAAAAGAACUUUUCAUUCAUUUGUGCAAGGUUGACACCGGUCCGUUAGUUAAACUUAAAAGUAUGGCAAAGUUUAUAACAAGACGUGCAACCGCGGCGGACUGCGAAGAAAUCUGUCGAUUAUUUCAGGAGCAAGUCAGUUCUGGUGAUAAGCAGACACCACCUUCACCUGAAACCCUGAAGAAAGAUGGUUUGGGGAAAUUAUUUCAUAUACUUGUUGCUGAAGACCAAAAAGGUGCAAAACCAUUGAUUGGUUACCUGUUUUUCCAUUUCAUCUAUUCUACAUGGCAAGGUAAAUCCAUUUUAUUAACCGACGUAUACAUCACACCUGAAUUUACUAAGAAAAGUGUUGCAAAGGAACUCUUCAUUCUUUUAUGCAAGACUGCAAUUGAAGAAGGUUGUACCAGACUGGAAUGGGCCGUCAAAGAAUAUGAUAAUGAAAAGAAUGAAUUUGUGGCUAUUUCUAAUGCCACAAACUUAAUGGAUGAAGAAGGCUGGUGUAAAUAUCGUUUUUCAAAGGAAAAACUUGUAACAUUGAAAUAG